AUGCAACUUUCAGAUUGUAAAUGUUCUGCUCCAAAUUAUAAAGUAACUAACCCGGCUGGAAUAUCUGUUUGUUACCAAAUUGCUUCACUUAAUAAAGCUAGCGGUGGCUUUAUUGGUAGCUUUACUGUAUUCAGGUCGUUAAAGUAUGAUGAACUCAAAGGAAAACCUGCUUUAAUAGCUAUCAAAUACGACGAAGAUAUAAAAGUGAAAAUUGGCAGAUCAAAUAAAAAUGAUGAUGGCUUUUUUAACUUGAAACCAUUAUUCACUUUCAAAGUCAAAGGCUCUGGUGGAAAUAUAAUAUUGGUCAGCAAAGCUUUCAUUGAGGGACAACUUCCAAGUAAAAAGUCCAUGAAUAAAAUAUGCAUAGAUGAUAUCAGCCCCGUAAAAUAUAAGGUUAAAGUUAAAGUAGGCAAAGACACUAAAAAAGUUUUCGGACUUAAAUUGGGCUCUGAUGUUAAAAAUAUUCCAAUCUCAAAAUUCAUACCCUCGAAACCAUAUUCUCCAUACUUGAUUGAGCCUUCUCCAAUUAAUAAUCCAGAUAAAAAGAAAGAACAACCAACUACAACUACCCAGUCUCAAGAUCAACCAACUGAAACUAGUCAAAGUCCAGAUCCCAACCAGUCGGCUCCAACUAACACAGUUCCCAACCAACUAGCUCCAACUAACGAUCCCAACCAACAAGCUCCAACUAACCCAGCUCCAGCCGACACAGCUCCAACUGACGCAGCUCCAAUUAACGAUCCAAAUGCAACUAACAGUCCAGAUCCAACUCCAGCUAACCAAAAUUCAAACCAGCAAGAUGCUAAUAGCUCAAGUGCAAGUCAGACCGCGCAAGUUGCAAAUGCAGAUUCUACUGCUGCUGCUGCUAAUGAUAGUGUGCCAGGAUCGUCAAUAAGCACCCCACCAAUAGGUCUUAUAGUAUUUGCUGUUGUGGUAGCCGUUGGAGCAGCAUUUGUCGGCUACACUACUUAUGAACGACGUAGAUACAGAAAUCAAUUUAAUCGUAGACAAAACAUGCAACAACAAAAUCCUUCUUUAGCUGCUGUUCCUGAUUUUGGCAGAGCCGUUUAA